UAUCUGUUCUUGAAAGCAUCUGGCAGUUAGAAUCUGUAGCUCAUUAUUUGCCAUGAGCAACAAAAGCAGAAGCAACAAGUCCCUCUUAGAAUCUGUAGCUCAUUAUUUGCCAUGAGCAACAAAAGCAGAAGCAACAAGUCCCUCUGUGAGAAGUCAAUAAAGAUGGUAACAAAUGUGAUCAGGCUAUCAUCAUUAUCUAUUGCCAGGAUGAGCCUUGGAAUUCAGGUGCAACCAGAAACCGUGAAAACGCCUGUAACAGGACCUGCAACAUUCGUCAAAGGCUCAACAACAGCACAAUUUCCUGAGAGCUUAAGGUCACAGGAGCCAGUAAACAUCAAGAAGCCGAUUGCCUACUUGAUUGAACCAGUCAAGAAUGAUAAAUCCAUGCAUGUAAUUCAUGAGAAGAACAGUGUAGAUGGGAGGGCAUCCGAUUAUAUAAGAAAAGUGCAUGAGAAGAAUCGCCAUGAAUCAAACGAGGCCAUGAGUUUUUCUGCAUUCAUAAUUCCACCUCCACCGCGUUUCAUGUAGUCAUGUUUGUACUGUCAGCUAUGUGUAUUUCUGUCUUCUACUAUCUUGAAUAGAAUAAACCCCUUAAGUAGAUGAUGGAUCAUAACUUUUCUUCAUCUAUCUUGGAUAAUAUGCUUUGCUUCUCUUGAGAACAAGCUUAUGAUUAGUGUCAUAGCUAGCAACGAAGAAUCUUCUUCUUUUGUCCCUUUGUCUACUAAAGGCUUGCCAGCAUCUUGCACUCUACCAUGCUUCCUUUAUUGCUUGGCGUCCAUUGAUCAUCUGUCUGUCAUUAAAUCAAUUAAUUGGAGUCGGUUAUAUGAAUCUAAUUAGAAUCGCUUACAUGAA